AUGAACGACCAAGACUACUCGAGUCCGUCGCAGUUCGAAAUGGGUCCCUACGAGCACUUCCCGGAGCCGGGAGGCUUCCAUCUGGAGGACUCGGACACCCUCCGGUUGCCGCCCCAGACGGCCGAUACCUCGACAGAAACAGACACAACGAAGAACGCAGACGACAAUGGCGGCCAGACCCGGCGCUCGCGCGCCUCGGGCGAGAUCCUGGCGCUGCUGGUGGCCGAAUUCAACAAAAACUCAAACCCCAAUACCAACGUGCGGAAAGAAAUCGCCCUUCGGACAGGAAUGACUGAGAGGUCUGUCAGGAUCUGGUUCCAGAAUCGCCGCGCAAAGGCCCGCAAAUUGGAGAAACUACAUCAGAGCAACGGGUCCGUCCGCGGGCCCCAACACCCCCUCCACACGUCCGAGGUGUACGAGUCGCAGAGCCGCGAGCCGUCGCUCAAGGACCUCGCCAACCACGCCAAAGUCGACACCGAGAUUAACGAGAAGUACAGUCUCAUCGACUGCAUCUCUGUGUCUGUCGGUCCAUGGCAGCGCAUUAAGUCAGGCCAUCUGGACCCGGACGCUUUCAAAGACGUGCCAAAUCUGAGUCCUCGCGUCGUGUAUAAGCUCAUGGCCACCACAGACCUGCUCAUCAUGCUCUCGAAAAAGGACCACGAGCUCAACUACUUUUUCUCGGGCGUGUUCCAGAACGAGAAAGUGCUCUUUAGAAUCUUCUUCCCGCUUGCCACGGUGGUCACGUGCUCGCUGCUCAACUACAGAACGCAGAAACCGGAGCAGGACGACGUCUCGCGAGAAGCCUCUGCACAGCUGCAACUGCAGCUCGCGGCCCCGCCGAAGUUCGCGGUGCAUUUCCUCAAGGAUCUCAACACAGGCAAGGAAAACCACAACCAAUGGUCGGUUUGCGAGGACUUCUCGGAGGGCCAGCAGGUGGUGACGGCGUUUGUCGGCGAGGGGGGCACCGAAAUCCCGCACAUACUCACCGGAACGCUGGAGUGCUUGCAGUACCUCAACACAUUUGUCGGCACGGCCACCAAGCUGGGUCGGCCCUCAUCGUUCCCGGGACCCACCACAGAGCAUCCGAUUCUGAUCUCGCCGUCUCCAUUCAACGACGAGCCGUCUUUUGCGCCUCUACAGCAGGACGACCUGCGGCUACUCCGAAUAGACGAGCCACCGCAGCUGGAGAUGUUCGAUGGUCACUAUGACGACUCGGGGACGCCGCGGAACGACCUGCUGAUAACCAAGCCGAAACCCGAGGACGAUAAGGAAGACUUCAUCUACCUAGACCAGGGGAACGAAUGGACAGACAAUAUAUAG